CACACCAACACACGCUUCUCAGCGGGGCUUUGUAAUACUGUACUCGCCCUCAUGUGUUAAUAUUAUACAAAACAGGAAACAGAUUUGGACAUACUGGUUCAUACUUCAGCCAAAAUCACUUGCUCAAGAACAGUUUUUCUGCUUUGUUGUUUUUUUUACACAUUUAAUUAUUGUAAUUAUAUCCUGAUAUCUGAUAUAUAUAUAUACGGCUGGUUCUAGUCGGAUGAGAGUGAAACCCAUCUGGAUUGAGCCAUGGAGCUGCUUCUCUUUCUUCUCAUUCUCAUGAUUGCAUCUUCAUCCAUCAUUUCAGCAGGAAAUGGCACAAACCUAGAAACUCCAAACACAACUGCUUCAACUUCAUGGUCUGAGGAUUCAAGAACACCAGUCCAACAGUGGACUUCAACAGUGUCUUUUACUUUUUCAUCUCAACAUGACGAUGUCAUAACCAGCCACACCUCGAAAACUGUGAGCACAACCACAGCUCCUUUAUCUCCAGGCAGCACUGAUGAAACCAGCCUCUCUUCUUCAAAUAGCACAUCAGGACAGUCCAUGAUCACCAGCUUUACAUUUACAACAUCAAAAUCCUACAUAGACACAACUCUAAAACCCAUCUCAUCCCCAGCGGCCAAAACAACAGUGGGUGUUUCUGCACUUCCUAAGACUUCAACAACAGUUCAUUCAAACAUCAGCAUGCCAGAGGUGACGGCAACACCUUCACAGGCACCAGACAGCAGUCUCACUAUGCUCGCCUUUGGUGUGAUGAGUUUUAUACUCAUUUUAAUUGUUGUCAUGGUGAUCUUGGUGACCACUAUCAACCUCAGGGGGCGGUGUAGAGAUACCAGGCAGAACAAGGAUGUUAAAAGCUGUGACUCUGUGGUAUCGGACAGCAACAUCAACAACUGUGAGAAGGAGAGCAUCACUCUUGUCUCUGUGAGGACAAUAAAUACAGAAAACGAUCCAGAUUCUCCUCAGAUCUCUUCAGUUCACAGCACUAUAGUGGACAAUGAGGACCUAGAACUUACCAGAGACCUCCUGGGCAUCAAAGAUGGAGUCUGAUUUCACUCAAUCAUUGUGCAUGGAGAUUGGAGGCUGCAAACUUAUUUUUGAUAUUUAUAAUGUUGAUUGAAUGUGAAUUAAUGUGCCUCUACUGGUGGUCAGUGUACAGAUCACACAUUAUGUGUAUUACAUGUAUUAAACUCCAUAUAAAAAUAUCAUUAUGUCUGCCAUGCACUUAUAUAAACAUGUCAAUGUU